AUGUCUAACCCGUCCCGUAUCCCCGAAAAUGCCGCAGCCGCAGAUGAUGCUGUAGCGGUGAGUCCCGUUCGGGCUGCCGAUACUGGCGACGCUGUGCCCUCUCCUCCAAAAGCCCAGACGCAAACGCCACCGCCGCCUCGUCCUCUGGCGACGGCGGUAGAAGAAGAAGGGUCCGUCUCGUCGGUACCACCACCACCACUACCACAAUCACCCCCUGCCGCCCAGCAAGGCACGCCCGGCUCGGUUCCCCUGACCGCUCAAGCCACGGGAAUCUCUGCCGCGGCCCAUGCUGAUCCCGUUAAAUAUGCCCGGGGCCCUGCCGCCCUACAAAGGCCCCACGGCCCUUCCUUGCUGACCCAGGCUCUUGCAACAGCUCGCGGUAUCCCGAGACACAAUCACUCCGACCCGACGCACCUUCAUAACACACAUUCUUCCCACCCCGCCCAGCAUUCGUCUGAGCUCCCAGAAUCCCCCAACCAAGACCCCGAAAGGCGAGACUCCCAUCACCACCAUGGCUCUCGGUCCCAAGGCGAUGGCGAUUCCCUGACAGCACCACUCUCUCCUCGAAAGACGGCCAUGUCUUCUUCUACCGCCACUUCCACCACCGUGGCCCCCCCUGUCUACGGCAGGCUCGACCUCGGCGAAGUCAACUCGAUGCUCAGCGGCCAUCGCGAAUUCCUGACCAAGGCCAAGGGCAGAACCGGACCAGCCGAGACUCCUGAGAGGGAGCGAACGGGGCGAUGGAAUACCUACUCGGGUGACAAGACCAGCACCACUUCUCUCGCCUCGCCACGUCUUGCCGAUUCUCCCGCUGCCCUACACGAUGGAGCCGACGGCGACCAUAGCUUGACGGACGGCCGCCCCCAACCCAGAACGUGGAAGACAGAUCACCGCGUGUCCAUGGCACCUGAGAAAGCGUGGUCAAUUGGUUCGGGUGAUUCUGGAGACGGCAAAGACGGACUGGUCGAGAAAUCCAUCUCGGAGGUUCUCGCGGGGGUCGAGCACAACAAUCGCAGCCGAAAGGCUAGCCACAGCCUACGCUUCUUCAAGGAGGGCCUCCCAGAGGAGAAAGGGAAGCGCAAGGAUCAGCGCCCACCACAACCCUCGCGAGAGAGGUCACCCUCCGGCGGGGAGAAGCUUGCUGACAUUGAAGAGCAAUUGGGCGGUGAGGCGGCGGAGGCUCAGGCAAUUGGGGACGUCGCAUUGACGACUGACCGGCAAGACUGGCCCCGUUCCCUUCCGACGCGAACCCCCGAGGUGAAGACUGUCCAAGGUUCGCCCGAAGACUAUUUUGCCGUGAAACCCGUUGAGCACGUUCGGCACGUUGAAGCCGAACCAGAGGCGUCUGAGGGCAAGUUGGACGAAGAAGAGCCACAGGAGCCCGAUCCGAUGGACGAGAGCCGUCAGGUCAAGCCGCGGCGGGUUUCCGACCUCAGCAUCGGGACUGGAGAGAGUACCGAGGAGGGCGAGGAGUCCGGGGAAGAGAAGAUCUCGUCAGCCGUGUUCUUGCCACAUCAGGCCCCUGAUGAGUCCCCGGAACAUUCGCCGAUGCCUGGAAUUCCGCAGAGAAUUGUGCCCUCGAGGAGGCAAUCGCGACAUGGUGAUUUCCACCCCUGGCUUGUCAAAGCUGACGAGCCCGAGACCGAUCGCGAGCGGGAAAGCCGUGAUUUUGAGAGUAAGAUGGGGCCAGAAGCUACCGAGUAUCCCAGUGUAGCUCCCGAGGUAGCCUCCAGGCAGGUUGAAGAAUCCUCCCCUGUUGCCCAACGUGAACCUGCUGUUCUCUCCUCCCGCCUGUCUCGUCCGGUCUCGCAGUAUCAUGAGGAUGCCAUCCACGAACAUCAAUUGUCACCGAAGCAGCCGUUGGACGCCAUUGAGCUGAUCCCUUAUAAGCAUCAAGUUGGGGGCCACACCACUUUGUGGAGGUUUUCCCGCCGUGCUGUCUGCAAGCAGUUGAACAACCGUGAAAACGAAUUCUACGAAAAGAUCGAGAAGUACCAUCGCGAUUUGCUGGCUUUCUUGCCCAGAUAUAUCGGAGUGCUCAAUGUCACUUUCCAAAAACAACCUCGGCGCAAGUCUACCAUGAAGCGGGACGACGCCGCUGUGGAACGUUCCCGUGCAGUAUUGAACGGGCCGUCUGCAGACCUGAAAAAUGCGGCGAACCAAGGCGAGGCAAGCCAGCAGUCUUCGGCACCGCAGACCCCGGGAGCACCUCGAGUCAUCAGCCAGUCGAUUAAGCAGUCUUCAGGCCAGAUUCCGACUGUAACCUUCGCCGAUAAUCAGCACAUCUUGCCGCGAAGCCUUCUCCAGCCGACCACCAACUCCCCUAGCAUCCUUGGGCGCUUUAGGAGCGCGUCCGGGUCCAUGCAGGGGGUGCUAUGCGCCAGGCAGGAGGGGCGCCCUGUGAACAGUCGGGUCGAUCCAUCGCGCCCGAGCCUGCAGGACCGUCACGCCAACAGCUGGGGUGCCACCACGGUGAACAAGAAGCUGAGGAACGAGGUCUUCAAUGACGCGUUCCUAAAGCAGCCGGUAGCCAUCCACCGCCACCGCAAGGGACACCAACGCGUGGCCCGCCGGGCGCUCCAUCAAUCACUCCGAUCGUCCGGGUCGGACCCGAGUUUGAUAGAAUCACGCGAGAAGCGGUCCCAAUCAGCCGGGCCCGCCCGCGACCCGCCACCCCCCUUGAACGGCGGUUCCCACGCGCACACCCAGAGCGACCUUGGUCAGGUGUCCGGGUUCUGUGAGGACGAGGCUGACCCCAAGGACGUGACCGGGACUAGUGCCCCCGAGCCCGAGAUCUUGGGAGCGUCACCGGCCCAAAAGAAGAAGCGCCGCUACUCCGGCACCGGUCUGCGUAGGAAGCCGACGGAUGUCCGGGAGGGUCGUGGCGACCUGCAGUACUUUGAGGAGGCCGACGACGCGACUUACAAAGGCGACCGCGAGAGCCAUGCGCCAAUGGAAGUGUUCCAGGCGUCGCCCGAGCGUGAACCAAUCCGCGAGGGAGAAGCGGUCGAAGAGCAAGCCCUCGGGCCGCCCGUCGGUCCGCUCGAGUUUGGCAAGAUCCCCCGCCCCAUCAACCCCAAGGAAGCUCAGACCCAGCGCGACUCCCGCGUCGAGUACUUCCUCCUCCUCGAAGACCUCACGGCCGGGAUGAAGCGACCCUGCAUCAUGGACCUCAAGAUGGGCACGCGCCAGUACGGUGUCGAUGCCAACGCGAAGAAGCAGAAGUCCCAGCAGGGCAAGUGCGCCAAGACGACGUCGCGCGAGCUCGGCGUGCGCGUCUGCGGCCUGCAGGUGUGGGACGCGCAGGCGCAGAGCUACGUCUUCAAGGACAAGUACUACGGCCGCGAGCUGAAGAAGGGCGCCGAAUUCCAAGCGGCGCUGACCCGCUUCCUGUACAACGGCGUCGACCGCGCCAGCAUCCUCGCGCACAUCCCCACCGUCCUGCAGAAGCUCGACGAGCUCGAGGUCAUCAUCAAGCGGCUGCGCGGGUACCGCUUCUACGCCGCCAGCCUGCUCAUGUUCUACGACGGCGACACCUCGUCCGACAACAACAACAACAACAACAACAGCAGCACCAACAACAGUAAUGGUAAUAAUGGUAACUACAUCGACGACUCCACCACCGACUUCGCCACCGACACCGAGGAGGCCCCGCGGCGGUCGAGGAAGAACCCCCGCGAGAUCGAUUUCAAGAUGGCCGACUUCGCCAACUGUGUCACGGCGGGUGACCUGUCCGCCCGCGACAGGCCGUGCCCGCCGCGCCAUCCGGACGAGCCGGACCGCGGGUUCUUGAGGGGCCUGAGGAGCCUGCGCAGGUAUUUCUUGCAGAUCCAGAGGGAUACGAGAGCCGAGAUGGGGCUGGCGUGCCAGGCGCGGAAUAAUGGCAAUGGGGUGGGUGGGUUUGAGGCGGAGGUGGACGAGGAGGAUGAGGGGUUCACGAGUGUGUGAAGUGAGUUUGGGUGGGGGGUUCUUCUUCUGAUGGGUGAUGAUGGUGUAUUAUUCUCCUCUUUUGGGCUGGCUUCUUCAACCUUGAAGCUUGCUGCUUUGCUACUUUCUUAGGGCUUGGGGGAUGCCGGGGUGGCGGUGUAUGAGGGGCGUUGGUUGGGGUUGGGUUGGGUGUGUUGUUUUAUUAGUGUUCGAGGUCGAGUAGGUCAGACAUACCCUGCAUAGCCUAUUGAGCGGCGUAUUCGUUUCCUGGCUUUCGCCUCUUCCUCAGCGCAGAG